UGCCACCCCCUAGAAAAGAAAGUUUUCGGAAAGCGAGAGUAACUAAUCCCAAGAACGAAAUUAAUCACCAGGCAGUAACAACCGGUCCAGCUAAACACCUUCCCACAGAUACUGCCUCUUACACUAACGAGGACUCUGUCCAGAAGACAAUGUCUUUUCAAAUAUCUAACACGAGUGUGUCCUAUGCACAAAAAAUCACUAAACCACUGACCUCUGUCUCCAGUGCGGGCACAAGCACGGUAGCUGGUAUUAGCACUACUCUCCAUCAAGGCCAAAGGCAACAGUCUCAAAAACGUAGGGUAUCUACCCUGAAAUUAACCCGGGCACGCGACCCAGCGAGUAGCGUUCGUUGUAAUACCCAACAACAGCCCAAGCCUGUUGAAGUGCCAGUGUUUCCACAAAGGCCUGUCUCACCUGCCUGUAACCCCGUGCCUGAGAAACACACAGCAUCUCUUUCCGUUCAGAUAGCUCCCAUCCCUGACAAUAAAGCAGAGCCUGAAACCCAAGAACAUCCACCUAGUGUUUCUCCAGACACUUCAAAGAUGGCUUCAAAGGAGUUGGGACAAAAGUCUACAGUUCUUCCUUCUUCACAGGCUGCAGAAUGCCAUGUGCUUGGAAACCAGAAAGUAACUGCCCCUGUGAUGGAGGUAAAUGCUUCACAGACACACAGACAAACAGCAACAGAAGCUUCUCCACUGCCUCUUCCUUCUCCUGUGGUACCAGUUAACAGAACCUCUUUCUCACCAGACAGUGCCACCCAUCUAGUGCCAUAUUCUUUGCCAACGCUUGACGAUUUUUUGCCUUCACGCUUUUACAAAACCCCAGCCCUUUCACAGUUCUCUUACAAAUGCCCGUUCCUAGCUCCCGAAAGCCUUAUCCACAGGAACGAAACGGCCUCUGUGAGCACAGAUUCUGCCAUGAGCGAGUGCUCCUCCCGCACAGUGAGUGAGUCCUCCACGGCCAUUCUAGAUGAGCUGCAGACUUGUAGCUAUGAUACCACUGACUGCUCUGAGACACCUUCCCCAACCUUGAGCCAGAUGUCUGCUGUGUCAGAUGGCACCACCUUAACCAACACUGCUGCCACCUCUCAUGCUCAGAUCACAGUGAAUGGGAACUCUGGCACCGCUGCCAGCCCAGUGAGUCACUUCCAAAGGCCUUUUUCCCCUUCUUCAGCUUACCCUCCACCAGCUUCGCUCAAUUCCAACAUUGUUAUCAUGCAGCAUGGCAGGAUGAUGGAGUCCACAGAGACAUACUCACAGCAUGUUCAGACUGUUGGCAGCAGCACCACCACCAGUACAAUACCAAUCUGUAGGUCCUCAGAAGAAGAAAAAAAAAUUACAGUCAUUAAAGCUCCACAUUAUGCAGGGAUUGGCCCGGUGGAUGAAUCUGGAAUCCCUACAGCAAUUAGAACGACAGUUGACAGGCCGAAGGAUUGGUACAAGACAAUGUUCAAGCAGAUCCAUAUGGUUCACAAACCUGGUAGCUACAGCCCAUCCUUCUCUGCUCAGGCACACCCGGCGGCAAAGACGCAGACGUACAGGCCGUUGUCUAAAAGCGCUUCUGACAGCAGCUCCGAUGCCUUCAAGGUCUCGUCCCCUUUACCACCUCCACAUGUGCCACCUCCGGUCCCACCGCAUCGUCUGAGGGAACGGUCUAUACCAGAAAAAAAUGACUGGGACCCCCCUGACAGAAAGGUGGAUACCCGCAAGUUCCGCUCUGAACCAAGAAGUAUUUUUGAAUAUGAGCCUGGAAAGUCAUCAAUCCUUGAACAUGAGAGACCGACUUCCUUAUAUCAUCACUACUCGACAGACAGAGGCCUGGACAGGCCCUCUAGCUCGGCGAGCACGGCCAGCGACUACCGCAAGCGGAGGAAGUCGGAGCCCGCCGUCAGCCACCAGCGGGCACACAGCGACCACAACGCCAACAGAGCCACCCCGGGCCGUCCGGACACGCAGGGCCCAUAUUCCACCCUUAGGAAGCCUUUAACCACCUCCUCUCCUUCUUCCCCCUCCAGAGCAAAAGGUGGGGAUAUUAGCAAAGUGUAUCCAUCCCUUUUAAGUUAUUCAGUGCACAACCACAACACCUCAAACGAAUUAGAUUACUGUAGCACUUACAGACAACAUUUAGCUGUUCCAAACGAUUCCAGAAGGGCCACCAACUACAAGAACGGCUGGCAAAUGACUCGUCAGAAUGCAGAAGUCUGGAGCAGCACAGAAGAAAAUGCUUCUCCAAAGAGAAAAUCUCGUAGCUGUGAUGAUCUGUUGACAGACGACCGCGACGGCUUCCCCGACGCGCAGGCCAAGUCUGAAAGCAUGGGCUCUCUCUUAUGUGAGGAGGAUGCCAAAGAGGUUUGCUCCAUGAACUGGGCCUCCCCGUAUGUUCCUGAGGGCCGUGGUAGCACUAGGUCAAGAGUUCGUCACAGAUCUGCACACGAUGCCCCAGGUUUCCUGAAAAUGUACAAAAAGAUGCACCGCAUCAACCGCAAGGACUUGAUGAGUUCGGAGGUGAUUUGUUCGGUGAAGUCCAGGAUCCUGCAGUACGAAAGAGAACAGCACAAAGGUAUCCUUCAAGGCUGGAGAGAGUCUUCUACUGAAGAGGUGCCCAGAGACAUGGUACCAACCAGAAUAUCAGAAUUUGAAAAAUUAAUUCAGAAGUCGAAAUCAAUGCCGAACCUUGGUGAUGAAAUGUUGUCAACCGUUACACUAGAGCCUCCGAAAAACGGCUUGUGUCCAAAGAGGCGGUUUUCUAUCGAAUCCUUGCUGGAAGAAGAAAAUCAAGGCAGACAUCCCUCUCAGGUACAACGGAGCUACAAGUCUAAAACCCUGGUGCCAAUCCAUAUUGAAGUGACCAGUGAUGAGCCACAGCGAUCGCACAUCGAUUUUUCCGACAGCGAUCAAGAUGGAGUGGUUUCCGACCUCAGUGACUUUAUCCAGAUAGAGGGUUCAUCCUUUUGUAGUGAAAGUGACUUUGACCACUUCUCCUUCACGUCAUCCGAAAGCUUUUACGGAUCGGGCCAUCACCAUCACCACCACCACCACCACCACCACCGGCAUCUCAUCAGCUCCUGCAAAGGGCGAUGCCCGGCGUCCUACACGCGCUUCACCACCAUGCUCAAACACGAAAGGGCUAAACAAGAACCCACCGAGGAUCCCAGGAGACAGGAAGCGGAGUCCGGCCUCUCUAAGAUAGCAUUCCUAGUCAGCCCAGUGCCUUUCCGCAGGAAAAAAAGCGCAGCUCCUAAAAAACAAACUGAAAAGAAAAAAUCCAAGUCGUCCGUAUUCGAAGCGUUAGAUUCUGCGCUCAAAGACAUCUGUGACCAAAUUAAAGCUGAGAAAAGGCGGGGAAGCUUACCCGACAACAGUAUAUUACACAGACUUAUUACCGAGCUGCUUCCAGACAUUCCAGAACGGAAUUCAUCUCUCCGAGCUCUGAAGAAGAGUCCCCUGCACCAGCCUUUUCACCCACUGCCCCCCGAUGGUGCUAUCCCUUGCCCGCCGUACCAGAACGAUUGUGGCAGAUUGCCUCUUAGUGCCUCUUUCCCUGACAUGGACGCCACCAACAACAAUGAUAGUGCACUGUGUUUCCCAGUAGACCAGGAGUCUCCUGGAAGCUAUUCUUCUGCUUUCACUGAUGUGGGACGAUGUACUCCAAGGGAGAGAAGAGGAACUACAGACAAAGAGAAACUGCCAGCUAGAGCUGUAUAUGACUUUAAAGCUCAGACUGCUAAGGAGCUGUCCUUUAAGAAAGGAGAUACUGUCUAUAUCCUCAGGAAAAUCGAUCAAAACUGGUAUGAGGGUGAGCACCACGGAAGAGUUGGAAUAUUCCCCAUUUCUUAUGUCGAGAAACUUUCUCCCCCAGAAAAAGCACAGCCUGCCAGGCCACCUCCCCCCGCGCAGAUCGGAGAGAUUGGAGAAGCUGUUGCCAAAUACAAUUUCAGUGCAGACACAAACGUGGAGUUGUCGCUGAGAAAGGGAGACAAAGUAAUCCUUCUGAAGCGAGUUGAUCAAAACUGGUAUGAAGGUAAAAUACCAGGAACCAACAGACAAGGCAUCUUCCCUGUUUCCUACGUAGAAGUCAUCAAAAAGAAUGCAUCAAAAAGUGUUGAUGACUACCCCGAUCCUCCCAUACCCCAAAGCUAUUCUAGUGACAGAAUACACCAGUUAAGUUCAACUAAGGCUAAUUUAAAGAGAGAGCUCUUUGUUAUGGGUAAACCUCCUCGUAGCCCAGUGAUGACUAAGAGACCCUGCAGCUCACCUCUCCGAGGUCCCAGCUACUCACACAGGCCACAGCGCCCUGUGCUUGCUCAUGAAAACAUACACGGUGGGGGGGAACCGUUUCAGGCUCUAUAUAACUAUACUCCUAGGAACGAAGAUGAGUUGGAGCUCAGAGAGGGAGAUGUCAUUGAUGUGAUGGAAAAGUGUGAUGAUGGAUGGUUUGUGGGAACCUCGAGAAGAACCAAAUUCUUUGGUACUUUCCCUGGAAACUAUGUCAAGAGGCUGUGAAUUUUUAUUAUUUUUUUUUGGUUUUCUACUUAUUUAUGCUGCAUCUCUGCAACACAUCUGCAUAAAGCUGCUAGAAAACAUGCUCUGCUGGCCUUCCGUUCCCUUGCUUGCAGUCUCGAGUAGAGGCCACCUAGUCCAUCCUCAUCCUCAUCCCACCACCCGCCCCACCGUCCGUCCCAGCAACGACCACGGUGCGAAUAACUAAGCUUUUCUGAGACAAGAGGAAGCGUUGCUACAUUUAAAUACUCCCUGCUUUUAAGUUCUUUUCAUAGGAAAAUAUGAAGGAUAUAGGAAAAAAGGAAAAAAAAAAGCUCGAUAUAGGAGAAGCCUGAUGACAGGUACAGGGAUGAACUGCCAUGGAGGGGGUGGGAAAGGGGAGAAACUGGUCUUGGUUUGGACAUUUGGGGUACUAUCAUGAGGUCUGAUGGGAUUUUUUCAGCGUGCAUGUGACGCAGGGGGAAGUUGCUGUUUACUAUUUAAAAAAAAAAAAAAUAUAUUGUUUGAAUUUCCACGUCCUUAUUAGCUUGGCAGCAUUCGUUGCUUUCACUUUGCCGUAUCACAGGUUUGCCUAUUGUACUGGUUUACAAUGUAAGACAAAUUUAUGAUGUAGAAUUUUUUUGCCUGCACUUGUACGUUGUAACAUAUGCACAGUGAUUGUAAAAUCUCAAGCGAGCGUAGUGAAAAAAGAAAUCAUUAAUCAUGGAAGAACUGCAAGUGUUCUGAACGGGUGCAAUGGGAUCGGCUAAACCUUGGUUUCUUUUUUUUUUUUCCCUAAUAAAGUUGUAGCUUUUUUUGUUAAAAGGCAAGAACUGCAAAAGGCAUAAAACCUCAGGAAAGAGGAUUUAAUGAAGGGUCAGGCAACGGUAUAAGCAUAGACAAUAAUAACCUGCUACUGAUGUCUGAGGUUAAAAGGUUGUAAUCAAAAAGCUGUAAUAAUAAGCAACAUGAAAUUUGAGGGGUUAGUGUUUUUACGUGUCAGGAAUAUUAAGCAGCAGGAAGUAAACAGUGUUAGUGCAAAGGGUUGUUGGUUGUUUGGGGUUGGGUGUUUUUUUUCCUAACGUAGCCACCUGAAAAAAAUAUUCACAAGUAUCAUGUACUGAUUUACUUCACUAUAUAUAUACACAUAUGUAUGUUAACAAAACCUGAGUUACACCUUCUUUUUAGGAAUUUAGUACACAAAAGGAAAGUCACAAGUAUUAAAACUGAUACAUUUUAGAGGUGGGUUUUUCUUUUUUUUUUUUUCCUGAAUGAAAAAAGUAUUU